CUUGAAAACUGAGAGCUGAUAACCCAGUUCUGUUGGAUCUUUGGACAGGCUGGACAAUUGUUUACUUGUAUAAAAAUCAUUUUGUAUUAAAAUCCAAUUCAUUAUUACAUUUAGGUGUUUUUACUGUAGUGUAUCUACAUAGAUAGCAGUGAAGUACUGGUUUUGUUUUCGAUUUGUGACAGGAUAUCAAGUGUUAACAAAUCAGACAAUGUUACGAAAAAUAGCAAACCCUGCAAGACUGCUAACGUUUCAACGAACUAUGGCGUCUACCGCGUCGACCGGACCCCUAGUUAGAACUGAGUUGGACAGCCAAACCGGGUACGCCACGGUUAUUUUGAACAGGGCCCCUGUGAACAGUCUUAGUUUGGAAUUCAUGGCGGAAAUCAUCAAAACCGUUGACGAAUUGGAGCGGUCGAAAAUCAGGGGAAUGAUCCUGACAUCUCCUUCCAGCAAGGUUUUCUGUGCUGGUUUGGACGUCUUGGAAAUGGUCAACCCUAGUGAGGACCGUCUGCGAAGCGUUUGGAGAAAUCUUCAAGACACGUGGGCAAAGUUGUACGGAACAUCAUUUCCCACCGUUGCAUUGAUCAAUGGACACGCUCCGGCUGGUGGUUGUUUGCUGGCCCUAACUUGCGAAUACCGCAUCAUGUGUUCCAAUUUUAGUAUUGGGCUCAAUGAAACUCAAUUGGGCCUAGCCGUUCCACCAUGGCUACAGAAAACUAUGAGGAAUACCGUUGGAUCUCGGGAAGCUGAAAUUGCGUGCAUCAAGGGAACCAUGUUCAGUUCAGAAGAAGCCUUGAAGAUUGGUUUGGUGGACGAACUGGCGGCAGACAAAGGGGAAGCAAUGCAUAAAGCAUGCAAUUACUUGGACACAUUUAAAAACAUGUCACCUUAUGCCAGAUCUGCUACAAAAUUACUACUGCGCAAUAAGAAAAUUGAAGAUAUGAAACGAGCUAGAGAAGAUGAUAUCGACCGAGUCGUCAAAAAUGUAAUGAAUUCCGAUUUUCAGGCAGGGCUGGCUGCAUAUCUUCAGUCGUUGAAGGAUCGUAAAAAAUAAAUAAAUGACCACUUUUACUGUUCUGCAUUUUGCUUUUAUUAAAUAUGUUUCAUUUUUUUAUGAUUCAAAUUA